AUGGGUGACAAGAUAAAUGCGAUUCGGGCAUUCGCCUUUUCGAAGGAUGACCAGGAUGUUAUGAUUGUUGCAGAUGCCUUUGACACGCUGGUUCUGGCAGGUCAGCCUGAAAUACUCCGAAAGUUUGAGGAGCUUGAAUCGGAAUCUGGGCGCAGCAUCAUCUUCAAUGCUGAGGUAGCCUGUUUUCCAAACAGCGACAGCAUCUGUGAAAAGACCCCAGCAGCGAAGCACCGCUGGCGUUAUCUGAAUGCUGGGCUCAUGGUGGGUCGUGUGCAGGCUUUCAAGAGGAUCCUCCCGGAGCCCCUGCAAGGCGAGGAGAAGGAGGUGAAUGAUCAAUGGUGGUGGCAAAUCUACCGCAGAGACCAUCCAGAGAAAAUUCUUCUGGACACGGAGUGCAAGCUGUUAUGCAACCUCUUCGCCGUGACAGAAGAGGAGGGUGUCACCUUAGAGGGGAGACGGCUGCACGUGCAGCCAACUGGCACUGUACCACCAUUGAUUCACUUUGCAAGCUACGGACAUCGCACCAGAUGGGUGAAUGGACGAUCGACUAGCUACGUGCAGGACGUCUUCCAGCAGCUUUUUCCGCAGGAGUCUGCAAGUCUGAUGGAGGGAUGGUGGAUUGGCAUCCGGGUCGGAUCCAGCCACGACCUCAAAAUCUACGAGGGCCCGGGAUGGUGGCGACUCCUCGCCUCUGCGAUUUGCCUCCAGUGCGACCUGGGAGGUGUGGAAUCCGAUGACUGCAAGUAUUUGCGGCACAGUACCACGUGUUUCUGGCUUAACCUCGGAUGGUUCUUCCUUCUGCUGGUCCUGUCCUUCUGCGUGCUCGUCUGCUUACGGGGGCGGCAGCGAUUUGCUUGCCGUCAGGGGGUUCAGGUCCUCGAGGCCUGGCGGCUCUACCUCAGACCCAAGAAGUGGGCAGGAGCAGCGGAGGCGCCACCGGAUCGGAGGAAAAGCGAUCCGAGGACAUGCCACAUCACGCUGAGCCACCACGGGCAGGUGCCGUACCUGGAGGGCCAGGCAAUCGGCGUCAUCGCGCCGGGUCCCGAGAGGACUGGUGAGAGGCCGGCAAAGCUCCGGCUCUACUCAAUCGCUUCGUCCAGGUGCGGAGACGACCAAAGGUCGAAGACCCUUUCGCUCUGCGUAAAGCGUGUCGUGGACGUCUCGGAGCGCGACCAAGGCGGUCGUGUGGGAGGGCCCAAGGUCGGUGGGAUCUGCUCCAAUUACCUCUGUGAUGCGCAGCCAGGGGAUAAGGUGGUGAUCACUGGCCCUACGGGGAACGAAAUGCUUCUGCCCGAGGAGAACUGCUGCAACUUGAUUCUGGUGGCAACUGGCACAGGCAUCGCACCAAUCCGAUCACAACUGCGACGGCUUUUUCAUGACGUCUCAUCGGCCAAUCCCGACACCAGCCGCAAGUUUACAGGCUUGGCUUGGCUUUUCUAUGGGGUUCGCUCUGCAUCGUGUCGGCUCUAUGACGAUGAGCACAUGUCCUACACGGCGAACUUCCCGGACAACUUCAGGUACAACUGCGCCAUCAGCCGUGAAGGCUGUGAUUCUGGGGAGAGGGAGUAUGUACAGACGCAGAUGUGUCAACACAUGGACGAACUCUGGCGACUCCUGCAGCUGCCAAACACUCACAUCUAUGCGUGUGGCGUGAAGGGCCUGGAGUCCAGCCUUUCUGACUGUCUUGCCUCUGCUGCCCGGGAUCACGGCCAGGACUGGCGUGAACUUCGCAAGGCAAUGAGGACGGAGGGACGCUAUCACGUGGAGGUUUACUGA